AGAUGCGGCCGGAGAAUAAAACUCAGGGGAGCUCUAGAACCCCGACUUUGACGCCGCAGAACGAGCCCGAGGUGAUCGACGCCUGGGAAAUCAUGGCAGGGCUCGAAAAUGCCAGCCCUCUCAAUCUCCGACGAACCACCGACGUCUCCGACGAGAAAGGCCCGAACGAGAAAUCCACUUCCGGAAGCGGCGCCGGGGAUUGGAGCGCCGCCGGCAUCGUGGAGGCUAGGGUUAAAGAGUUCCAGCGCAAAAUCGACGCGAAGAGAUCGGCGGCUGCCGCCGCCGCCGCCGCCGAAGCUAAUCGGAAACGAUCCCCGCCCGACAGCGCGGGGAAGGUGGUGCUCUACUUCACCAGCCUCCGCGGCGUGCGGCGGACCUUCGAGGACAGCUGGACGGCGAGGAUGAUCCUCAAGGGCUACGACGUCCGCGUGGACGAGCGAGACCUGUCGCUGCACACGGCGUACAAGGCGGAGCUACUGGGCGCGCUCGGGCCGGGAUGCGGCCUCCCGAGGGUCUUCUCGAACGGGGAGUACGUGGGCGGCGUGGAGGAGCUGAGGCAUCUGCACGAGGUGGGGAAGCUGCGGAAGGUGCUGGAGGCGUGCCAGAGGGCGGCGGGAUGCAGCGCGGCCUGCGAGGGAUGCGGAGACGUGCGAUUCGUGCCCUGCGGCACCUGCGCCGGCAGCCGCAAGGUGUACUGCGAUGCAGCACUGCAGGCGACGGAGCUGGCGGCGGAAUUGGGGGGGUUCCGGAUGUGCCCGGCUUGCAACGAGAACGGCCUCAUUCGAUGUCCGCUCUGUAGCUGCUAA